AUGCGUUUCAACAUUGCCGCACUCUUCGCCCUCGUGGCCACCACUCAACUGGCAACCGCCGCGCCGGCGCCGGCGCCCGAGCCAAAGUGGAACGACAAGGGCCCGGAAGCAGGCUACAAGUUCGGUGCGGUAGCCUGUGCAGCAGGAGCGCUUGUUUGCAACUCCCAGGGCUACACUGUGGGAGCUUACACCCUUGGCAGCGGUGCAUUCUGCUGCAGCACUGCCGCGGCUGCAGUGACUGCUUCUCAGUCCCCGGGGUGGGUCGCAGCGUGGGUAAAGGCGGCUAACAAGCUCGGAGACGCUGCAAGGGUCAUUGGAGGUGUCUAUGCCAAAGUUGGGCCGUUCGUUGCUAAGUGCACUGCUACCGUUUGCACUAUGGUCACCGGCAGAAACCCCAUCAACAACCUUCCGGGCCUCCCGACACGGUCGAUUGACGGACCCCCGUCCUCUGAGGAGAAGUACCUUGUCGAAAGAUUUGCGCUGCCGGAGACCGAAUUUGAGGAAGAUGACGCUCUCCUUGCCAGAUAUGAGGGUUUCGAGCUGGAAGAAGACGAUCUCAACUAG